AGAGCGAGAGAGAGAGAGAGAAUAUGACACGUGGAUCACUCCUCCUGGGGCAUCGGGGGAGAAGAUAUGCUCCCUCCUCCCGGCAGCUCAGUUCCGUCAUCAUCUUCAUCUUCAUCAUCGCGUUCAGUCCACAGUAAAUAUAUGGACACAUGAAAUGAGAAGGCUUUUCUUUUUGUCGCUUACUUUUACAGACUUGAUCGACCGGAAAUAGAUAGAAAGUAAAACAGGGGAGAGAGGGGGAGAGGGGGACUGCUGUUUACUCGCGUUGAAUGGCAGUUAUUCAAAAAUAUGGCAAGAAACAUAGUCCAGAUUUGGGGUGUCACGCGGAGAGCCGGCCGUCCGACAAGGCCGGAGCUCCCGGGUGUCCGAAGAAGUGUCCUGAACGCAACGGCUACUGGUCCAGGCCAGAGGCGAGGGUAUGGACGGUGGUGCUGCUGCUCGGGACCUGCCUCCUCUACUGCGCCCGCGUGGCGAUGCCCAUCUGUGCCGUCAGCAUGGCGGAGCAGUUCAGCUGGACCAAGAGGGAGUCGGGCAUGGUGCUGGGCAGCUUCUUCUGGGGCUACUGCUUCACCCAGGUCUUCGGGGGCUACGUCAGCGACCGGAUCGGCGGCGAGAAGGUCCUCCUGCUGUCUGCAGCCGCCUGGGGGUCCAUGACCGCCUUCACCCCGGUGCUGGCCCACUUCUGCUCCCGGCCCAUCGUCUCCAUGACGCUGGCCCGCUUCCUCAUGGGCUUGUUGCAAGGGGUUUAUUUCCCAUCUCUGGCGAGCCUGUGCUCUCAGAAGGUGGUGGAGAGCGAGCGAGGCUUCCUGAUGAGCACCGUGAGUAGCGGCUCCUACCUGGGCACUCUGGUGAUCGGAGGGGCCGGCUCCCUCAUGCUGGACCUGUACGGCUGGCAGAGCAUCUUCUACGCGUCGGGCCUCCUCUCCGUCCUGUGGGCCUACUGCAUGUGGAAGUACCUGCUCAGGGGAGAAGGCAAGGGAGGCGUUGUUUUUACAAGGGCCCAUCAUCACCCUGGAGGCCCUGGGAAGUGGUGGCGCCCAGUCCACGCUGUCCAAAAGGCACUGGUUGAGGCUCCUCAAGCAACCUGCAGUCUGCGCCGUGAUCGUGGCACACCUCUGCGCGGCGAGCACCUUCUUCACCCUCCUGUCAUGGCUGCCGACGUUCUUUCAAGAAACUUUCCCCGACGCCAAGGGCUGGGUGUUCAACGUGGUCCCCUGGCUGGUGGCCAUCCCCUCCUCCCUGCUCAGCGGCUGCCUCUCGGACCACCUCAUCAGUCGAGGCUACGACACGGCCUCGGUGAGGAAGUUAAUGCAGUUCUUCUCCAUGGGCGUGUCCAGCGUGUUCACCCUCCUCCUGUGUGGCAGCACCACCUUCCCCUGGGCCGUGGCCUUCGUGUCCGCCACCAUGGGCUUCAUCACCUUCAGCCACAGCGGUGUGUCUGUAAAUGUUCAAGAUCUCGCGCCUUCCUGUGCCGGAUCUUUAUUUGGAGUCAUGAAUACGUGCGGCGCGUUCUCAGGCGUCCUCCUGGUGUACUUCUCCGGCUACCUCAUCGAGACCACCGGCUCCUGGACGUCCGUGUUCGCCCUCAUCACCGCCGUCAACCUGCUGGGCCUCGCCACCUUCCUGGCGUUCGCCGACGCCCGCCGGGUCGACAUCGACCCGAGCACGGGGCGCCGCCACAGCGUCCACAUCUGAAUCUGAGAGCGGGGGGGGUUUCAGCUCGCGGCGGCUAAAAAGGUGCUAAUCUUUUUAAAAUAUUUGCAGCGUAGAUAUCGGUUGAUGCGGUUUCAGCCGGGAACUCUUCUCCGUUUCUCGUCGGCACAACGUCGACCGAUAGCCCAAAAACCUCCUGCUUCCUCCUGAAGGGGGGGGGGGGGGAGAGUACGGUACAUCGUUAGUUCUGCCGGCGCCAUGUUGAGAGCCGACCAGAGUCAACCAAUCUCGAUUUCCCUCGGUUACGCUCUUCAUUUGUAACAGAACGUGUUACUUUGUACGAGGGAAAUGUGUGUGUGUGGGGGGGGGGGGUCUUUUAUUAGUACGCCCCACUCACCCGUCACCCGUCUGAGUGACACCUCAUUACCCCGGACGCUAAUUACUCGGCAGACGCUCUGACGUCCUUCACCAUUUACCUGCUCGAGUCCUCGUCGCCAUGGUUACAAGCUCAUCUUAUCGUUACUGUCAGGGGGAGGGGGGAGAGAGAGGGGGGGGGGAGCGGGCGGGCGAUGUGUUUUGAGUUGAAAGAUCAGAGGUAAUUCAUUAUUUUAGUGAUUUAUGUGAUCAAAUGUAAUAAAAAUACCUCACGUAAUUAUUUUUGGAGUAUAUUUAUAUGGCUUGAUUCAUCUUCUUUUUUUUGGAAUGAAUAUUUUCAGAAGAAAUAUAUAUAUAUAUUAAUUAAAAAUGAGUAAAUUAUUAGCGGUGUGAUGCAGUAUGAACAAGAAGAGAUGUCUAUAUUUGGGAAGGGCGGGGCUAGAGGGGUGAGGCCCCUCCCCUUCCGGUGUUCCCUCGUUGGAUCUUAUUGGAGGAAAGAAAUGUGUGUGUUUGUCAAAAGAAGCAAAUCCUUUUUUUUUUUUUAUGGCGUUUGAAUUGUGGAAUAAGUUCAACACGAUAUGACGCUUCUCAAUUUAACAGAAACUUUAGUUUUAAGACCGACACUUUCGCCACGUGCAACAAUUUUUUUUCUUUAAAUACAUUUUCUUUCAGGUGCACAACCGACACGAUGAAUGUUGUACGGAUAUCGGGCUCUCGUGAUUUUGUUUGUUUCUUCAGUCUCGAUGUUUACUUUUACAUUUAUAUAUAUUUUUUUUAUUGGGUUUAUUUAAUAAGGGAUAGUGCACAUUAAUAAAAACAUUUCAGUAAAUGUGCCAGAGUUAUUAGCCAAGAGGCUGUUUUUCAUCUGUUACUCUAUGCAUUCGUUACUUGGUGACGAGAGAACUUUUUCUAAAGGUUAUUGAUUGUUAUUGAUUAUCGUGCAUCGCUACAUUGUUGCCUUUCUCUGGAGUUUGUGUUGGAGUCGUCUUUGGGGUUUCUAUUAUUUUGUGGCUGGAUGGAUUUCUGAUAAUGAAAAGCUUAUCGUCUCCGUCAGCGGCGACGCUAACGUGUGCGUCUCUAAGUCAAACGUAUUUUUCGAUUGUUUGCUAAUUAUUCAGAAAAAUUAAUGUUGACAUCAAAUCUGAUUUCCUUUGAUUCUGUAUUCUCUGUUUUCGAGUGUCUGCCGACGCCUUCCAGAUACACAAUAUAUUUUCGAUACACAAUAACACAUUUUGCUUUUGAUGCUCUUUAUUGCAUUAUUUACAACCGCUUUCAUUUUUGUUUUUCCUGUGUCUACCAUCUUGGAAAAUGUUAAAUAACCGAUCUCUGUUCCCGAAAGCAUUUCUGUCGACUCCUGUUUUGAUAACGUGUAAGAUAUGUACGAUAGAAAGAAUAAAUAUUGCAGUAUUCUAAUGCUUUUUAAAGAUGCGUUGUAUUUAAAAGCAUAUAUAAACUUUGAAUAAAAACGAGUCUAUUUUGUCAACA